AGCGACGCCGCCGGCCCGUCUCGCCGUGCUUCCCAGCGAGGCCGCCGGCGCGCCAACGGCUGUGCUCGACCGCGACUCCGGUGUGCAGUCGCCCCACGCCCCGCGCGACCCUUCGGGUAAACUACGAAGUUGAAGUUUUGAAGAAUGGGUAAAGACUUUCGUUACUAUUUUCAGCAUCCCUGGUCUCGCAUGAUUGUGGCUUACUUGGUGAUCUUCUUUAACUUCUUAAUAUUUGCGGAGGACCCGGUUUCUCAUAGCCAAACAGAAGCCAAUGUUAUUGUUGUUGGAAACUGUUUUUCAUUUGUUACGAAUAAAUACCCUAGAGGAGUUGGCUGGAGGAUUUUGAAGGUGCUUCUAUGGCUGCUUGCCAUUCUCAUAGGACUAAUAGCUGGCAAAUUUCUGUUCCAUCAGCGUUUGUUUGGUCAGUUGCUCCGAUUAAAAAUGUUUCGAGAGGAUCAUGGAUCAUGGAUGACAAUGUUCUUCAGCACAAUUCUCUUUCUCUUCAUAUUUUCUCACAUAUACAACACGAUUCUUCUAAUGGAUGGGAACAUGGGAGCAUAUAUCAUUACAGACUAUAUGGGCAUCCGAAAUGAAAGUUUCAUGAAAUUAGCUGCAGUAGGGACCUGGAUGGGGGACUUUGUCACAGCUUGGAUGGUCACUGAUAUGAUGCUUCAGGACAAACCUUAUCCUGACUGGGGAAAAUCAGCAAGAGCUUUCUGGAAGAAAGGAAAUGUUAGGAUCACUUUAUUCUGGACAGUGCUUUUUACUCUGACGUCUGUGGUUGUACUUGUGAUUACAACGGACUGGAUCAGCUGGGACAAGCUGAAUCGGGGAUUUUUGCCCAGUGAUGAAGUUUCCAGAGCAUUCCUUGCUUCUUUUAUCUUGGUCUUUGACCUCCUUAUUGUGAUGCAGGACUGGGAAUUCCCACAUUUCAUGGGAGAUGUUGAUGUAAAUCUCCCUGGUUUGCAUACCCCACACAUGCAGUUCAAGAUUCCUUUCUUCCAGAAGAUCUUCAAGGAGGAAUACCGUAUUCACAUAACAGGCAAAUGGUUUAACUAUGGAAUUAUCUUCCUCGUCUUGAUUUUGGAUCUUAAUAUGUGGAAGAACCAAAUAUUUUACAAACCUCAUGAAUAUGGGCAAUAUAUCGGCCCAGGGCAGAAGAUAUAUACAGUGAAAGACUCAGAAAGCUUAAAAGAUUUGAACAGAACCAAGCUAUCCUGGGAAUGGAGGUCCAAUCACACUAACCCUCGGACUAAUAAAACUUAUGUCGAGGGAGACAUGUUCUUACACAGCAGGUUCAUAGGAGCCAGUCUUGAUGUCAAGUGUCUGGCCUUUGUUCCAAGCCUGAUAGCCUUUGUGUGGUUUGGAUUCUUUAUUUGGUUCUUUGGACGAUUUUUGAAAAAUGAGCAAGGCAUGGAGAAUCAAGACAAAACUUACACUCGCAUGAAAAGAAAGUCUCCAUCAGAACAUAGCAAAGACAUGGGAAUCACUCGAGAAAACACCCAAGCUUCAGUAGAAGACCCUUUGAAUGACCCUUCUUUGGUUUGCAUCAGGUCUGACUUCAAUGAGAUCGUCUACAAGUCUUCCCACCUAACCUCGGAAAACUUGAGCUCACACUUGAACGAAUCUACAAGUGCAACAGAAGCUGAUCAAGACCCAACAACUUCUAAAAGUACACCUACGAACUAGACUCACAAAAAGCAACCCCGAGUAUAACUUUAAAAAUUUAGUCUUUCCUUUUGUAUAUGUAAGGUUUACGUAGCAUUAAGUAAAAAUAUGAACAAUGCCACAACGGUGCUCAACAUGCUUUUCUAGGAUUCAUUGUUUUCUAUUUGUAUUAUAAUACACGUGCCUACUGUAUACUUAACAGUCCUCUAGAGAUUGCUUUUCACAAUUGCACAAGCUAUUACUGACUUUACAGCAUAGUAGAUGAUUAGCUGAUGACCCAUGUAUCUGAUGUUCAACCAUAGUGGUGCCUUGAGACAUUAAACUGUUUUUAACUGUACCAGAAAUGAAGUGUGGAACAGUUAUCUAACCUAUUUCACAUGGGCAUUUUGUAUACAACUAUUUUGAUCUACACUUGAUGUCUGAGCAGAAAACAAAAAUAGCUAAAUGUGACUCAGGAAGUAUCUCUUGGUUUCUUAUUCAGCAGCAGAGUUGGUGACUUUGACAACUGAACUGCAGAAAAACAUGGUGAUCACAUUUUAAUUUUUAUUGGCUGUCUGCCAAAUAUAAAUACAGAUGCAGAAUUCAGUAAUAGGAGAACUAUAACCCAACAUGGGUCACUACUCGUGAAAUGUGACUGUCUCCCACCAGUAAUUGCAAUUAGGUGAUAAUACCUAAUUAUGUUUUCCUAAUUAAAGAUAAAUUGCUACUUGAUUAAAAAUCCUGCCCUUCACCUUUGGGAACAAAGGUUAAGAUACACAGUUGGGUGAACUCUCAAAUUUAUUGGCAUUUACACAAAGCCCCAGACAACCAAGGAACUGAAGUUUUCAUCAUGUGAGAGAAGCACAGCCCGCCAUUUACAAUAUUUGUACAUCUUUCUGCAAAUAUGGCUCCGGAUAGUGAAAAUUGAAAACCAUAUGCCAACCCUGAGCAAGGGAACUCCUCAAAAAUCAUGCAGCGGAACCUUGUCAGGUAGAAAAGCCGUGCAUGAAAGAAUUUGUUUAGUGUCUUGUUUUGCGUGUGUGUUGUUUUUGUUUUUUAAAAACUAAAUAUUGCACAAUAAAUAAGAAUUAUACAUCAUGAGCUGUUAUGUGAUGUUUUUUGUUUAAUUGUAUCUUAGCUUAAUAAAAGUCAAUUUUCAUGGGGUUUUUUAAGCUUGAUGCCAGGCAAGUUAAGAAAAGGCACACUGCCAACUGGCUUUCAAUUUUGUUCCAUGAAUUGUGAUUACAUUUCUUGAGAGGGUGAAGGGAGAUCACUUUUAAGGAAAAAUUAUUUUCCUGUCACACACUGACAUAGCUGCAUUUUGUCUUUAUGAUUUUUUAAAAUCUCUCUUGUUUUGAUCUAUCUGCUUUUAAGCUUGCAGCAUACUGAAUUUAGCAUGCAUAAUAGAACUAUGCAUUUAUCUGUCACUUGAGAGCCAGCUUUAAUAAACAUCUUUACUAAGCAUUUGGAA